AUGGCUUCAUCACCCGAGACUUCUCCAUCACAAGAUUCCCCACCAUCUUCUUCUUCAUCGAAUUCCACACAAGGUAGCUCACCAUCAUCACCAUCGAAUUCCACCUCACCUUCGUCACCACCACCACACCACCCCCCAAAGCUCAUCACCACCACCACCGCCCACCCAAAAGCUCAUCGCCACCGCACCACACCCAAAGUCUCAUCACCACCGCCACCAACACCCAAAAGCUCAUCGCCACCGCCACCAACCCCAAAUCCUCCUCCAUUCAACCCUCCUCCGCUUCCGCCACCUUCUUUGUCUCCUCUUCCUCCUCCGCCUGUUCAAAAUGUUAGUGACUACUCUCCUCCCCCACCUCCUCCAAAAAGUGGCAGUACCAAGUCCAACUCUUACGAUUCACCAUCGACGAGUGAGUCAAAUGACAACUCGAAUACAAACCUCAUUGUGGGUAUAUCUGUGGCGGUAGGAGUAUUUCUCUUUAUUUUUGCCGUCGUUGUAGCGGUUGCUGUUGGAGAAAGAAGAAGAAAAGAAACCCCCAAAUGCAGUACUAUGGUGAACCUAAAGGUGAAUCUAGAUUUAAUAUCAAUUUUUAUGAUUUAA